AGAGCAGAGCAGUCGCACCUUUCACAGCUCUGAACAAUGAAACGCUCCACUCCUUCCUUCACUUCUCUCUACACGGACCAGCAGUAGGAGCUCCACUCUGGAGGAACAAAUAAGAAAUAACUUAAUAUUCGGCCUUGUAUCCAGACAUCCAGCAGGACUCCCCUCGGUCAGCCUUCACCGCGAGCUGUCGGUCCGAGUGGUCGCGAGGCACCGGAGGAUGAAACAGAAUCAGGAGAAGUAAAGCGAUGUGAACGGUGACUGGAAUGUAGGAUUAUCAUCUGAGCUCGAGUGGAAGGAGAAAAAAAAUCAGACUAUAAGAUUACACAUUUCCUGAUCUAUGCAGCCCUACAAUGCCUUUGAGGUUGCAAUGUCUUCUCUAAAGCACGUUAUUCUGCAGGAUAAGGACACGGACAAUGAAAAGAAGCUGGACUGGAGCUACAUCGAAUGGGCUGAAAAUGAAGUUGUCACAACAGGUGUGGCGGAUGCUGAGACGCAAACGGAUUCGCCAUCUUUUGAGCACAAAGAGAGCCAGACCAGUAACCCAGUCAUAAUGCACAUAGAUCUCAAACGGACACACUCCAAAAUGAGACAUUUGUCUUUGGUAAACCCAGACAACUCGGCUCCACCUUUCUUUCAGUUUGACCGUCAGGCUCCUGGACGUAUCUCCACAUCUCCCACCUUGAGGAGGAUGAGGAGCACCCGACGUCCUCAGAUAGAUUUUAGAGAGCCUCACAGGAUGGGGAGCACUCAGGAAGAGCAAUCAUCUGCAAGCACGGGAUCUCCCAUAAGUCCCCUGUCACCAGGACACCGAGUAGAUUCACCUCUUGCAGCGAGCCCACUCUCUGACGGGGAGGCCGAUCAUCAGCCAGUGUCAUCCUCAGGCCAACAGCGAAGCAGAUCGCAUAGAUCAAAGACUUUUGACAACAGUAUCACUUCUGUGGAACAAGAAUGUCACAGUGCUCAUCCUUUUCUUAUUAAAGACAAUGGAUUUCCUGAGGAUGAAGUUCAGGAGAAGGAAUCCUGCCAUGAUAGGCUUUAUCAGAGGAGACGGAGCUCCGUCGUCGUGAGUUUGCCCGGCUUGGAUGUUUCUCCAGGAGAUCUUUUCGUGUCCAAUGGAGCAGCUGACUUACUAAAUGACUCAAACUUCGCAGAUACCAAGAAGUCAAAGUGGCCUUUUUCGAGGCGUAGUACGAGUAAAGGCAAGCCGCAGACAUGCACGGUGUCAGAUAUUGAGAAAUAUCUCUCAACUGCGCAGAUUCAAGACUGGAGAAACUUGGAGCUUCAGAGAUAUAAGGACUACUCUCUGGCUGAGUUCCUUCAAGACCAGUCUUCCCAGGUCAGUGCUUCCUCUGACCCGCAGGGCUUCAAGAGACAAGAGACCAUCUGGGAGCUCUUCACCAGCGAGUGUGUUUACUUCAUGGAUCAACUCAUGGUUCUCAAAGAGGUGUUUUCGGCUACGCUCACAAACCUGCAGGUGACCAACUGCCUGACUGAUAUCGACUCAUGGAGGCUGUUUGCGAAUCUCAAUGAGCUUUGCCUGGUGAGCUCAGGUUUCCUAAACAGCCUCCUCCGCGUUAUCAAGAACAUGUUGGAGAUUACUGAGGGUGGCAGUCCCACCCUGCUGGAUCUGCUGGGGAAGGCUUUCCAGGAGAGCAUAUGCCACUGCCUGCAGACGUAUUGCCUCAACUACUCCACGGCUCUUCUGUAUCUGGACAGUCUGAAGCCCAGAGAGGACUUUGGGACUUACGUGAAGUGGUGUGAGAGGAGCAAGCAGUGCCGAAGGCUUCACCUGCGUGACCUGCUGGUGGCACCGCUGCAGAGGCUAACUCGAUACCCGCUGCUGUUGCGGAAUAUCGCAAAGAGAUGUCAGAAGGAGGACGAAGCCCGAGGGCUGGAACUUAUAGCAGAACAAGUGGAUAAAUCGAUAUGUGAUUUAGAAGGAAAGGUCAAAUGGCUGGAUAACUACCAGAAAGUGAAACAGUUGAGAGAUGCCCUGGUUUGGCUGCCUGUAUGGGAGAGGGACAAGCGUGCUUUCAUCCCUGAGAAUCUGAAACAUCUUCUGAAGGCUGUCACACUGGAUAAUCUGAUUUCUCACAGGAGUCUGCUGCAUGAAGGGAAACUCGUCCUCACAGAGAACGCAAAGCUCAUAGACGUCUAUAUGUUCCUCUUUGAUGAAUUCUUGCUGAUUACAAAGAUGAAGAGAAACAAGAAGAGGUCCGUAGGUCCAGAGCAGAAUCCUCUGAAAAACCUGGAGCUGGAUCAGAUGCUGAAGGAGGGAUGCACCUUCACGGUUCUCGACCAGCCAAUCUCUCUGGAUCGACUCCAACUUAGAAGCAUCGAUCAACUUAAUGCCUCCUCAUCGGGGUUGCCUCAUUCUUUCAUAGUAAUGCACCAGAACCGCUACCAACAGUGUAUUGGUGCAUUCAUCCUGCAAGCUGCGUCAGAGGCUGUCAAGAGAGUAUGGAUGUCAAAGAUAGAGGGCGCAGUGACGGCGCUGCUGAAGCAGGACUCUCAGCAGACACGAGUAAAGAGCUCCUCGCUGUGGCUGGAGUCUUCGCAGAUAUGACCCAUCAAGCAGAACUAGAAGCCAUGUGAAAAAGUUUCUACUGUUAAUGUGCACUUCACUGCCCCCUGAUGUCUUGUAAAUGACUGCACUAGCACUAGGAUGAUUUUGUAAACUGUUUGACUGUGAAGGCAGCUGCUACAGUAGUGUGAAAUAAACAUCUCAUCAUGU